AGGACAGGUGGGAGCUCCGGUUUGACGAGCCGCUGUUGUUCUCAUUACAAAGAAACGGCGAGAACCGGAGAAAGUCUGAGAAUUCACACCGAGAUACGAACACAUGGAGCGGUGACGGCGGACCCACCGACACACCCGCUAGUUUAACCCGCUAAUUGUGACGCUUUCCAGUGAGAAAUGUGCGAACGAAGAGAGAGAAAUUCAAGAGAAACUGCGCAGUCAUAGUUUAAUGGGAGCGGUGACCUGAGCAGAUAUGGCAGCAGACGACAAGGUUGCCAUCCUGACCGACGACGAGGAGGAGCAGAAGAGGAAGUAUGUUCUGGCCGAACCCUUCAACACGCUGUCGAUGUCUCGGCCGGACGACGUCGCGGCCUCGGACGCUCCGCCCGAGCAGCCGCCGGCGCCGCAGCCCGACUCCAUCGACUGCUGCGAGAGAAUGUGCCUCCGCAUCAACGGCCACCUGCUCAUCUCCAAGGUCUUCUACUUCUUCUUCUACGCCGCCUACGGCUCGCUGCACCCGCUGCUGCCCGUCUACUACAAGCAGCUGGGCAUGUCGGCCAGCCGCAGCGGGCUGCUGGUCGGCAUCCGCUACUUCAUCGAGUUCUGCAGCGCCCCCUUCUGGGGUGUCGUGGCCGACCGCUUCAAGAAGGGCAAAGCCGUGCUGCUGUUCUCGGUCCUCUGCUGGCUGCUGUUCAACUGCGGCAUUGGCUUCGUCAAACCGGCCGAGAUGCAGUGCGUGGAGAUCGGUGGGUCUCCCACGACGACACUGCCGCCCCUGACAACGACUCCUCAAAGCAACGUCACCAAUCUGAGCAACUCCACCAAUCCGAGCAACUCCACCAAUCCAAGCAACUCCACCAACCACACCAGGAGCCGCCGGAGCUUCCUGGACCUCCCUGGCCUUCCUCAGCUCCUGGACUCGUACGUCGGCGUCCUGCACAGACUCAGGCGGAGCGACGACGCCAACGCCACCUCAGCUCCCCUGGAUCCGGCCGACACCACCCAGCUGGUACACAACACCACCCUGCAGACCACCACCACCCCCUCCCCGACCUCCAAGAAGGAGCUCCAGAUCGUCUACAACAAGGACCAGGUGGAGACCAUCUUCCUGCUCAUCCUGCUCGUCAUCAUCGUGGGCGAGUUCUUCAGCGCGCCGGCCGUCACCAUCGUGGACACCGUCACGCUGCAGUACCUCGGCAAGGCCCGCGACCGCUACGGCCUUCAGCGGAUGUGGGGGUCCCUGGGCUGGGGCGUGGCCAUGCUGCUGGUGGGCAUCUGGAUCGACCACACCCACAUCAGCGUCGAGAUCGAGGGCGCCGGCUGCGACCCGCCCAACUACCUGCACGACUACCGGAUCGCCUUCAUCGUGUUCGGCGUGCUGAUGGCCGUGGCCCUCAUCGUGGCCACGCAGUUUUACUUUGAAAAGGGCGGCGACUACCAGCAGGAGCUUCCGGAGGUGGUGGAGGACUCGGCGAGCCCUCGGACCUCGCCGCCCGAGUCCAGCCCCUCGGACCAGACCCCCGUCAGCCCCGAGCAGGAGUUCCACUACAGCGACCUGCUGAAGCUGCUGUGCAGCGUCCGCUACAGCUCCGUCCUGUUCGUCGCCUGGUUCAUGGGCUUCGGCUACGGCUUCGUCUUCAGCUUCCUGUACUGGCACCUGGAGGACCUGAAGGGCACCAACACGCUGUUCGGGGUUUGCUCCAUCCUCAGCCACGUCUCCGAGCUGGCCGCCUACUUCACCAGCCACAAGUUCAUCGAGCUGGUGGGACACGUCAGAGUCCUGUACAUCGGCCUGGCCUGCAACACGGCCCGGUACCUGUACAUCUCGUACCUGCAGAACGCCUGGACCGUGCUGCCCAUGGAGGUGCUUCAAGGUGAGGCACUCUGCAGGGACUUUAGGACCAUGAGGACGUGACAGGAAGCGGCUGUUUGUCCAACAGGACGCUUAUCAGGCGGCGGUUUCCCUCCUGCGGCCUGGUUCUCCAGGACCGGCUGGCUGGAGGGAGGACGCUGUACGACACAGGA